AUGAGAAUUCCGAGUCUCUUGCCCAUUCUCUCCGCUGUGGCCUUGGUCUUGGCAGAGCCCAUCCCCAAGACCGACUACGAUGUCAUUGUGGUUGGUGGUGGUCCUGCGGGUCUCAGUGCCCUGAGUGGACUUUCGCGCGUCCGAAGAACAGCCCUGCUCUUUGACAACCACCACUACCGUAAUGAUGUGACCCGGGAGAUGCACGACGUGAUUGGCAAUGACGGAACCCCACCUGCUGAGUUCCGUGGGCUGGCUCGCGAGCAGAUCUCUCGCUACCCUACAGCUCAUUGGAGUAACAACACGGUGAUUUCGAUCACGCCCAUCGACUCGGGUGAUCUGUCUUCGUUCACUGUCGCCGACAACACCGGCAAAAAUUAUACCGCCCGCAAAAUCGUUCUAGGCACGGGUCUACGCGACGUACUCCCCAACACCCCGGGCCUGCAGGAAGCUUUCGGAAAGGGUAUCUUCUGGUGCCCGUGGUGCGACGGCUAUGAACACCGGAAUCAGCCUUUCGGCAUCCUCGGCAGCAUUGCUGAUGUUCUGGGUAGCGUCUUGGAAACCCACACUCUGUUCUCUGACAUUAUUGCCUUUGUCAACGGCACUCAAGAUGCCCAGGGCGAGGCUGCGGCCACCGCUCAGCACGAAGGCUGGGAGGAGCAGCUCAAUGCCUGGAACAUCAAAAUCGAGAACCGAACCAUCGAGCGCAUUGAGCGUCUUCAGAACGGUGACGCUCACCGUAAUCGGACCAGUGACACACAGUAUGACAAGUUCCUGAUCCAUUUCACUGAGGGGGAGCCUAUUGAGCGCAGUGCCUUCAUCACCAAUUUCGCGACCGCGCAGCAUUCCACCCUGCCCAAGCAAAUGGGCCUGAACGUGAUUGACAACAAAAUCGACGUCACCAGCGCCAUGCUCACGAGUCAGAGCGGUGUCUUUGCCAUUGGUGACGCGAACUCGGACGGUAGCACCAAUGUGCCUCAUGCCAUGUUCAGCGGAAAGCGCGCGGCCGUAUACAUCCACGUCGAGAUGUCUCGUGAGGAGUCGGCCUCCAAGGUGUCUAAACGUGAUGAACUGCUUGCUUGUCGCGAGCUUGAGAGGGAGGCCAUCCGUGCCAUCGGCGACAAUCUUGAGCCUCAAUGGACUCGGGCCAGAAAGCUGUAA